CAGCGCAAGGGACCGGGACCGGACUGCGACUACCCCCUGUCGGCUGAACCGCGGCUAAUCACCUGCACGUCGAAUCUCGGGAAAAAAGUCACGUCGGAGAGCAAGUCGCGACGUUUUACUGACUGACUGACUGACUGUCUUUGGUCAAGCCAGCUCCUCCCACAAUGAGCCGAUUGCUAUAUAGCCGCAGUGCGGCGCAGCCUCUAUCUCGAUGCUUCAACUCGCAUCUGGCCACACGCUCUUUCACGACCUCUGCUGCCCAGCGCAAAGAUGAGCAGCCGAAGCUCAGCAGUUUCCUCGAAGAUCUCUACGGCAAGGCUCAGCCUGAAGAAAAGACCCAAGCACCCGAGACCAACUCUAUGAGCUCUCUGACUGGGAGCUCCAUCUUCAAGUCUUUUGACAGCAGCUCCGGCGGCAGUCGCAUCGACGUCAAUGCCCUCCUCAACGGCACAGCUACGCCAACCGGCCAGGGUCGCGACCUGCCCACCACCGAAACAUUGGAGCCGUACCACUUCCAUGUGUACGCACACAAGCACAACACACACGUCACCUGCACACGCCCGAACCGCGAACCCAUAAUAUCAAUGUCGUGCGGCAACCUCGGCUACCGCAAGAGCAGGAGGUCUACGUUUGACUCGGCAUACUCCUUGACGAAGUAUGUCAUUGAACGGUUGAUUCACAAGGGGAUACCGCCCAAGAUCCACAAGCUGGAGGUUGUGUUGCAAGGAUUCGGUCAGGGGAGAGAGGGCGCAUUGAAGGUAUUGAUGAGCCCAGAGGGGAAGAUACUACGCGACAAGGUCGUCAGGGUGGCAGACUCUACCAAGCUCAAGUUUGGUGGUACGAGGAGUCCCAGGCCGAAGCGUCGUUAAUAUGUCUUGUUUGUACCAUAUUUGUACGAAACCGAACUGUAAUAUACAAAA